AUGCGCAUCAUCAGCAACUUCAACCUCCUCCCACCAGACACCACCUCAGUCACGACUGCGACUAAUUUCAUCGACAGAGGAAAGGGUACUCCCCGCCGCAAGGUCAAGAAGGUCCACAAGUCCUCCGGUGCCGACGACAAGAAGCUCCAGACCACCCUGAAGAAGAUGAACGUCCAGCCCAUCCAGGCCAUCGAGGAGGUCAACAUGUUCAAGGAGGACGGAAACGUCAUCCACUUCGCCGCCCCCAAGGUCCACGCCUCCGUCCCCUCCAACACCUUCGCCCUCUACGGUAACGGCGAGGAGAAGGAGCUCACCGAGCUCGUCCCCGGUAUCCUCAACCAGCUUGGCCCCGACAGCCUCGCCUCCCUGCGCAAGCUCGCCGAGAGCUACCAGAACAUGCAGAAGCAGGCCGGUGCCGAGGGCAAGAAGGACGAGGAUGAGGACGAUAUCCCUGACCUGGUUGAGGGCGAGAACUUCGAGAGCAAUGUUGAGUAA